AUGUCGAACCCCAACUACUACGAGUAUGAAGAAUACUCACGGCGUCGCCGCGACCCUUCGCCAGGUCACGUCUCCGGCGGCGGCCCCCCCAGCAAUGCUCCGACUUUUACCGGCCCUCCUCCACCAGGUGCUCCCCCGUAUGCUUCCACCUCGCGCGUGAACGAGUACUCGCAAGGGCCGCCCUCGCCGCGCGAGACAAUGACUCUGGAGCCGCCACCUUCGCAAUCCCGGCCGCGCUCCGUCCCGCCGCCCGCUACGUCCAUGAUGGUCCGCCGCGCCCGCUCCCGCUCGUCGUCCCGCUCGUCCAGCUCAUCGGAUCGCCGUCGCAGCCGCUCGCACCGGGACCGGGACAGGGACCGGGACAGAGACCGCGGCGAUCGCGACCGCUCCCCGAGCCCCAUCUCGCGCGCCCGCAACGUCGUCGAGGACAACUUUUCCAACUCGGCCACGGGCAUCGGCGCCGGCCUCCUCGGCGCUGUCGUCGGCGGGCUCGUUGCCCGCGAGGCCACGGAAGCCGCCAGCCGCCACAAGCACAAGUCCAAGGGCUACGGCGGCGAUGAUAAUGACGACCGCACGCGCAUGGUCUCGACGAUCCUCGGCGCUGUCGCCGGCGGCCUCGCAUCCAACGCCAUUGCCAAUCGUGUCGAAGACUCGCGCGACCGAGACCGCGCCCGCCAGCACGAGUGGGAGCGCCGCUACGGCCGUGAGGAGGAUCUGCCCCGAUACGACUCCGGUCGCUCUGAUUCGGGCCGCUCCCGGGACCGCAGGAGGGAGAGGGGUCUGCCGCCUCCCGAUGAUGACGAUGAUGACCUUGUCUACGAUGAUCCACGAUACGACGACCGGCGGCCUUCGCGCCGCAGGAGUGAGGAGAGUUACCGCACCCGGCCUUGA